ACUCAAGACACUUACUCAAUCGGGAACACGGCAGCAACCUCGGCCACCACCAUCACCGAGCCUGGGCACUCCGACAAAGUCAUCUACACAGACAAGUCUGUAUCUACAACAGAAUGGCAUCUGUCGGGUGAGAUACGAAGACUGGAGCAUCUGGAGGCAGACAGCAACGAACGCCCCAGAUCAUUAGGCAUUUCUUGGACCAAUCUCACUGUGAAGGGCAUCACCGCUGGUUCAGCGUUCAACGAGAAUGUGCUAUCCCAGUUCAACCCAUUCCACAAAACCGCCAAUCGCGAUCUCAAGACUAUCAUCGACAAUUCACACGGAUGUGUCAAGCCUGGUGAGAUGUUGCUGGUUCUAGGUCGUCCUGGAGCUGGCUGUACGACCCUACUCAAUGUCCUCGCAAACAAUCGCCAUGGUUACGAAGAAGUCACAGGAGAUGUCAACUUCGGAAACAUGUCUUCCAAGGACGCAAAAGCAUACAGCGGUCAGAUUGUGGUGAACACCGAGGAGGAGGUCUUCUUCCCAACGCUAUCAGUCCAGAACACUAUCGAUUUUGCUACCCGGACGAAAUCUCCUCGCCAUCUUCCACCAGGAUUCCAGACACAAGAGCAGUAUGCGCAAGAAUACAAGAAGUUCCUGCUCGAAUCAGUCGGCAUCUCCCACACAGCGAAGACUAAAGUGGGUGAUGCCUUUAUCCGCGGCGUCUCUGGUGGCGAGAGAAAACGUGUGUCGAUUCUCGAAUGCCUUGCUACACGCGCGAGCAUCUACUGCUGGGACAAUUCGACUAGAGGCCUCGACGCGAGCACCGCCCUCGAAUACAUCAAAGCAAUUCGGGCAAUGACGGAUAUUCUUGGACUCUCUAGCAUUGUCACGUUGUACCAAGCAGGCAACGGAAUCUACGAACAAUUCGACAAGGUACUCGUCCUCGAUGAGGGCAAGCAAAUUUACUACGGACCUUGCCAGGACGCAGUUCCGUUCAUGGAAGACCUUGGCUUCGUCUGUGUCAACGGCUCGAACAAGGGUGAUUNNUUUUUGACCGGCGUGACAGUCCCAACCGAGCGCAAAAUUGCCCCUGGAUAUGAACACAAAUUCCCUCGCACAAAUAGAGACAUCGCUGGUGCUUACAACCGAUCUCAAAAUAAGAUACACAUGUUUGAAGAAGCGCAACGCUACCCCGAGAGUGAAUCAGCAAGAGUCGACACCAUGGCCUUCCAAGACUUGGUCGCCAAAGAGAAGCACCGGGGCAUUCGAGACUCACCUGUCUCCGCAAACUUCUUCGAGCAGGUGCAGAUCACGGUCAUCAGACAAUAUCAGUUGUUGUGGNGGGACAAGACCACCAUGAUCAUCAAGCAAGUUGCGACCCUUGUGCAAGCGCUCAUCGGCGGAUCGCUCUUUUAUGCUGCUCCUGCGAACAAUCUCGGCCUUUUUAUCAAAGGUGGCGCCAUCUUUUUCUCAACUCUGUACCAUGCUUUGCUUGCUCUCGGCGAGGUGACCGAUUCUUUCACAGGCAGACCCGUCCUAGCAAAACACCGCUCUUUCGCUCUGUAUCACCCGGCAGCCUUCGUCAUUGCCCAGGUUGUCGCUGAUCUACCCAUCAUGCUGUUCCAAGUUGGGCAAUUCAGUAUUGUACUUUACUGGAUGGUUGGCCUCAGGGAUACUGCUGCUGCAUUCUUCACGUUCCUGGUGAUUAGUUACGUGAACGCCCUAGCUAUGACGCAGUACUUCAGAGCUGUCGGCGCUGCCUUUCCAACAUUUGACGCUGCUACAAAAGUCUCUGGUCUUACUUUUGUGGGGUUGUUCAUAUACAUGGGCUAUAUGAUUGCAAAACCUGUCAUGCACCCGUGGUUUAUGCCAUGUGUUGGCCCAAAUCUCAUUCCAAAUGGUCCUGGAUACGGAGGAAAUGCGGGUGGACAAUCUUGUGUCGGCGUCAUUGGCGCUGAGCAAGGUGCUACCAGCUUCUCAGGCGACUCAUAUCUUGCUGGCCUAUCGUAUUCCCACUCGCAUGUUUGGCGCAACUUCGGCAUUCUGUGCUCAUGGUGGGUGUUCUUCAUCGCCAUCACGAUCUUUUUCACUUCUGGGUGGAAGCAGGUCGGCGAAGGAGGCCGCAAGCUAUUGAUUCCUCGGGAAAGACAGAACAAAACCACACACCUCUUGCAACCUUGCGACGAAGAGACUGCUCAAGUCUCAGAAAAGGAGACGGAUACUGGUUUUGAAUCGGACGAUAACAUUGAGUCCGAUCUGAUCCGCAAUAAGAGCAUCUUCACCUGGAAGAACCUUACCUACACUGUGAAAACUCCGGACGGCGAUCGCGUCCUCUUGGACAAUGUGCAAGGUUAUGUCAAGCCAGGCAUGCUCGGCGCCCUCAUGGGCUCGUCAGGUGCAGGCAAAACUACUCUGUUAGACGUCUUAGCCCAACGCAAGACCCAAGGCACGAUCACCGGCUCCGUUUUGGUUGAUGGAAGACCCAUUCCUAUCUCCUUCCAACGCUCAGCCGGCUACGUGGAACAACUCGACAUCCAUGAGCCUCUAGCAACGGUUCGUGAGGCGCUUGAAUUCUCAGCUCGAUUGCGCCAAUCUCGCGACACGCCUGACGAAGACAAGUUACGCUACGUUGACACCAUCAUCGACCUCCUCGAGUUGUCCGCUCUCGAGCACACACUUAUUGGCACUCCAGGCUCCGGCUUGUCAAUCGAACAACGCAAGCGCUUGACUAUCGCUGUGGAAUUGGUAGCUAAGCCUUCGCUGUUGCUAUUCCUAGACGAGCCUACAUCUGGCCUAGAUGGUCAAGCUGCCUUUAAUACCGUAAGGUUCCUCCGAAAACUUGCAGCAGCAGGUCAAGCUAUCUUGGUUACCAUCCACCAGCCGUCAGCUCAACUGUUUGCACAAUUUGACAAAUUGCUUCUCCUGGCCAAAGGCGGCAAGACCGUCUACUUUGGCGAUAUUGGCGAUAAUGCUGAGACUAUCAAGGGAUAUUUGAGCCGCAACGGUGCACCCUGCUUACCAGAAGCAAACCCGGCUGAGCAUAUGAUCGAGGUUAUCACUGAUUCAGGGGAACAGGACUGGAACCAAAUCUGGCUCGAAUCUGACGAGUACAAACAUCUAUCGACCGAGAUCGACGACAUGAUUUCGCAAGCAGCAUCGAAUCCUACUACUGUUCAAGACGAUGGCAACGAGUUCGCUGCUUCGAUGUGGACGCAAACUAAGCUUGUGACCCAGCGCAUGAACAUCUCCCUUUACCGCAACACAGAGUAUGUCAUGAACAAGCUCGCCAUGCACGUCCUCCUAGCUCUUCUGAAUGGGUUCACUUUCUGGAUGAUCGGAGACUCACUCAAUGACCUCCAACAGAACCUGUUCACUGUUUUCAUCCUUAUCUUUGUGUCGCCGGGUGUUAUCGCACAGCUGCAGCCGCUUUUCAUUGAUAGGAGGGAUAUCUUCGAGGCAAGAGAGAAGAAGAGCAAGAUGUACCACUGGGGUCCGUUCGUCACUGGCUUGAUCAUCUCAGAGUUCCCAUAUCUGAUUGUGUGUGCUCUAUUGUACUAUGUCUGCUGGUACUUUGCUCCUGGACUGAACACUUCGCCGUACUCUGCUGGCAGCGUCUUCUUUGUUAUCUUCCUCUACACAGCUAUCGGACAAGCGAUUGCAGCAUAUGCGCCCAACGCCGUCUUUGCCUCGCUGGUCAAUCCAUUGGUGAUUGUAACACUAGUGUCUUUUGCUGGUGUCGUCGUACCUUAUAGUCAAAUCCAGCCAUUCUGGAGAUAUUGCCUGAUGGUCUUUACAACCUGGGACAAACCCGUCACCUGCAAAGCCAACGAAGUCGCUCUGUUCGAUCCCCCAGCCGGCCAGACCUGUGCCGAGUACCUGUCAGCCUACCAAAGUGGGAUGGGUGCGGCGACAAAUUUGCUUAACCCGAAUGAUAGCUCUGCUUGCCGGGUGUGCCAAUACACGACUGGGGCAGAUUAUCUGCGCACGCUCAAUCUGGACGACAAGUACUUUGGUUGGAGAAACGCGGGCUUUGUGGUUGUGUUUGUGUUUGGCAUUUAUGGGCUUGUGUACCUUUUGAUGAAACUGAGGACUAAGCAGACUAAGAAGGCGGAGAGU